AUGAAGUUUCUAUCGUUGCGCGAUUUUGAAGAUGUUACGAGCGCUUUGAACUUCAAUACACCCGACUGCCACGUCAUUGGUGGUUGUGAUCUUUAUACAACAAAGGCCGCAGGCUCGGACAAGAAACUAUACAAAUCCAUCGAAAACUCAUUGGAAUCACAAUAUGAAUCGCUCCUUCGUCUUUCUGCGUCACUAUCUCCGCCUCACGCCAUAGAUGCAGCCGGGUCGCUGAACCUCUCGCGCUCAAGUCCGUUCGGCCCUCUUAGCCAAAUAUCCAGUCGACGCACCUUUGCAUACCUCAUCGCGACCCUAAAUGCCAGCCAUCCCGACUACGACUUCUCUUACAUUCUGCGGCCGUCAGACUUUCGAAGAGAACGAUCCUUAAAGUCGGUCAUGAACACCAUCGACACCACGCUCUAUAAUUUGCACCCCCGUCCUGCCGGGCCGCUUGGCAUGUCCUCUCCAUACUCGGCGACCGCACCCGCCUCAGGAUCUACAACGCCCGGAGGCAGUCAAGUCUGGGGCCCGAGAAUGUGGAGACUGAUUGACAAAGAAAUGGACCUCAAGGAUUGCGGCAUUUUUUGCUAUUCCCCCGAAGAGGAUCCAUACGACGGUGAAGACGGCGCUAUCUGGUCUCUCAACUAUUUCUUCUUCAACAAGGCACGGAAGCGAGUGUGCUACCUCUACCUCCGCGGAUUGAGCGUCAUCAGCCACAGCCCUGCUCAAGUGAGACGAAGACGUGAUUCCCGUGCCCGAUCAAGCAGUCCCGAUGACCGUGGAGCAAGCAAGCGCGCCUCUUAUUGGCUUGGGGACCGCGCGGAGAGGCGGGGAUCCAAAGUUCGAGAUGAUGCCGACGAGGAUGAGAUUGAUGAUUGGGAUGAUAGCGUGGUUGAUGCGGAUUAUGUUCUCGAUGAUGGUGACGAGCUGGAUGAUUACGAGAUGGAAGAGGAAGAAGAGGAAGCGGAGGAAUUGCGUGCGGAGCAGCGCAGAAGAAGUGUGGUCCGGGGUGUCAGCGAAGACAUUGCAGAGUCGAUGGAAGUUUAA